UUUUUUUAUAAUUAUUUUUUUAGUCUUAAAUAAGAACUAUACAUUAAAUAUAUUUCAUUAUUUUAUUAAUUAAUAUUUCUUAUUUACAAUUCAUUUUAAUUACAAUGUCUGUUCCUCAUUUAUCUAAAAUUGCUCAAAGGCUUUCAUCUUUAGUUGAAAAAAGCAGUCCUGUUACUAAAAUCUUAAGUAAAUACUCCAAAGAGAUCAAGAUUGUCAGCAUUGCCUCCACUGGAUUAGGAAGUGUUGUGGGAGGUACUCUUUAUGCUAUGGAUUAUGUGAUCAAGUCAAAUUUAAUUUCAGUUAAUGAAAAGAUCAAUGGACUUGACAAACGAAUUGAUAGAGUUGAGAAAAAGAAUGAUGAAGUUGAGAAGAGAUUUAAUGAAAAAUUCAAUAAUAUUGAAAGUCGUUAUGGAAACUUUGGAGAAAGAUUAGCAAGGAUUGAGGCAAAAAUUGAAAAUAAUAAAUGA